AUGAGAUUAGCCCCCUUGGGUUGGCCGACAGCGGUUUUGGCCUUUGCAUCGAGCGUUCUGGGCAACAGCAUUCAAUUCAGUCCUGGAGGCCGAGCUUCUGGGUUGAGCUUCCGUGUCAACGUUCCAACAUCUACGGCUUCCUCAAGAUCAGGCCCAAUUUACUUUCAAAUUUCAGCCCCGAACGAUGUCCAAUGGGUUGGCCUAGGUCAAGGAGCCAGCAUGGACGGUGCCAACGUUUUCAUGCUUUAUUCCGCAUCCUCCACAAAUGUGACGCUGUCGCCGAGGUUAGCCGCGGGCUACUUCGAACCUGAAGUCAACCCGAAUGCCAAAAUUUCGCUCCUCGAAGGCACGGGGAUCUCAGACGGCAGGAUGGUUGCAAAUGUCAGAUGUGACACCUGCAUGUCGUGGGAAGGAGGGAUGAUGGAUCCUACAGAUACUGCUAGCCCAUGGAUAUGGGGUCUGAAAAUGGGAUCCUCCAUUGAUUCGUCGGAUACUGACGAAGACCUCCAACAACAUGAUGUUAUGGGCACGUUCACUCUUGAUCUGACAAGGGCUGUCGGCGGCAGCUCCGACAAUCCGUUCCAGGAUAUCCCUUCAAAUGACCCCCCGCCCCCGACCUCCACCGAUUCCAACGGCGCCGUGCCUGUACAGGGAGGAAGAUCAGCAAUCGAAAUUAAACGCAUCGCUCACGGAUUGAUUAUGUCUAUCGUCGUUGUGGUCCUAUUCCCUCUUUUCGCGCUGAGUCUUCAAGUUAUCCCCUCGAGAGCCACCGUCCCAUAUAUCCAUGCGCCACUCCAACUGGUCGCACUAUGUUUGGCAAUCGCAGGUUUUGGCAUCGGAAUCUCUUUGGCAUUGGAUCUAGGGGUUAUAUCUGGUUAUCAUCCGGUUAUAGGCCUUAUCAUGAUAGGAAGUUUGAUCCUUUUCCAGCCCGCUCUCGGUCUACUCCAGCAUAUGCAUUUUCGAAAGACAGGCGAAAGGAGUUCCUUUGGUGAUCUUCACCGAUGGGGUGGUCGACUUUUGAUUGUCUUGGGCAUCGUCAAUGGCGGUCUGGGCUUCAAAUUUAGUGGAAUUGGUAAUCCCACCGUACCGAGAGCAGGUGUCAUUGCAUAUGGAGUGAUCGCGGGCGUUAUGGCCCUUGUAUAUGUCGCAAUCGUCCUGGUGAAGUCUUUGAAACAGGGAGGCAAUGCUCAAAUGAAGCCCAUUGGGUCGAAUGGCAACACGCCCCCAAAAGGUUCGGCCGAACAAAGUAUCACGCAUGAUAUAUAG